UAUGGGGGAGCGGUGCGGCGAAAGAACGAGUCAAUUUCGUAAUAUUGGCCCAGGCCAGGGCAAUGAGUUCUAACGUGCAGACAUGUGUAUAGCAGAUUCCGAUUGCAACCGGCAUUGACGUAGUUAACAACAAUAUGGGUCCUUGAACCCUGCCUGACGCAAGUGUGAUAGUCUUGCUGCCGCUAUUUUUUCGGAAAGAGUUCAUAUCUGUGGGUUGGGAAUUGGAUAAACGUUCUGUAGCAGAAUGAGUUUUAGUUUUGGUUCCAGCAACGCUGGAUUCAGCUUCGGGACGCCAAAGACCACCGCUGGGGCUGUCCCUCCCACUGGCUUUGGUAUGGUUAGCACUUCUACUGCCGGUGGGGGUGGGGGCUUUUCUUUCGGAACGCCAAAUCAAUCUCAGCCCCCAGCCGCUGCCCCUCAGGCCACCGGGCUCUUCUCAUCUCCCGCCCAAAGCAGCACUGGCACGACCGCAGGGUUCAGCUUCGGCACUCCUGCGCAGAACCCUGCUAAUACUGGCGGUUUCUCUUUUGGCACCAACACUCCGAAGCCCAACCUGAGUAUGGCAGCAGCAGCACAGCCCGCCCCGACGGGACUGACGCUGGGCACCGUAGCCCCUUCCUCGGGGGCAGCGUUCUCGCUGGGGGGGAUGACCACGCAGAGCGCCGCGGCUCCAGCGGGUGGAGGGUUCAGCUUCGGCGCCAGCACUGGCAUAGGAACCCCAGCUGCUCCGGCCCAGACUCAGCCAGCCGCCACAGUAGCACCAACAGGGGGGUUCUCCAUGGGGGGACCCCCUGCCACCCAGUCCUUGGGAGGAUUCAGUUUCGGGGGACCUAAGGUCCAGGUCCAGGCAAACCCCACCGCUGCUCCCACAGUUGCAGGAGGGGGCGGGUUCUCAUUUGGGACCACCACUGCUGCAGCUGCCCCAGUGCAACCCUCUGCCACCCUCUCCCUGGGGGGUCAGAACCCAGGCCUGACUCUGGGUUCAGUGGUCCCAGGGACUACUACCGCUCCAGGGACUACAGCCCCAACGGGAGGGUUCGCGUUUGGAGUCAAACCUUCAGCCACUCCGGCCCCCGCCGCGGCGGCGCCAGUGAGCCAGCCGGCCCCUGCAGACGCCUCCUCCCUCUUCACGGCCUCCACAGUAGCCGCCUCCAUCGCAUCUGCAGCGCCUACAGGUUUCACACUGGGCGCGGCCACCGCAGCUGUGGCCCCUACGACCUCCUCGGCCCCCAGCGGAGCCGCGGCCUUCAUGCUAAAGCCUCUGGGAGCCGCCACCACCAGCGCUGCCACAUCAGCUGCUCCUGCCUCCGGUGCUGCCACAGUUUUCUCUCUGGGUAUGAAGCCCGCAGCCCCCACUGUCUCCGGCUCCGUGGCUCCGAUCACGGGCCCCACGGUUUCCAUCACCGGCACAGCCACCUCCACCGCUGCAGCUGCCACCAGCGCACCUCCAACGAUGUCGUACGCCCAGCUGGAGAGUCUCAUUAACAAAUGGAGUCUGGAGUUGGAGGACCAGGAGAGGCACUUCCUCCAGCAGGCCACGCAGGUCAACGCCUGGGACCGCAUGCUCCUGGAGAAUGGAGAGAAGAUCACAUCCUUACACAGAGAGAUGGAGAAGGUGAAACUGGACCAGCGAAGGUUGGACCAGGAGCUGGAUUUCAUCCUGUCUCAGCAGAAGGAGCUGGAAGACCUGCUUACUCCGCUUGAGGAGUCGGUGAAAGAACAGAGCGGCACCAUCUACAUGCAGAACGCAGACGAGGAGCGCGAGAGAACGUACAAGCUGGCAGAGAAUGUAGAUGCCCAGCUGAAGCGGAUGUCCCAGGAUCUGAAGGAGAUCAUUGAGCACCUCAACACCUCCAGUGGGCCUGCCGACACCAGCGACCCGCUUCAACAGAUCUGCAAAAUCCUGAACGCACACAUGGACUCUCUUCAGUGGAUCGACCAAAAUUCAGUGCUUCUGCAGAGGAGGGUGGAGGAGGUGUCCAAGCUGUGCGACAACCGGCGCAAGGAGCAGGAGAAGAGCUUUCGCAUCACAUUUGAGUGAUUUUGUUUGUGUUAAAAUAGAAAUGUCUAACUAAUUAAAAUAACUUUGUUUGGGGAGGGGGGGGGGGUGCUUUUGUUACAAUAAAGGAUUUGACUAUUCA